GGUCCGAGUUAGUAUUGGGUCCGAGUUGGCGUGGGUCCGAGUUGGUCGUGGGUCCGAGUUGGAAUGGAUCCGAGUUGGUUUGGAUCCGAGUUGACCUUAUCCCACAUAAAUCAUAGCGGCAGGACGAAGAACUUUCGGCAGUAGGAUUGUACAUGUACUUGUAGGAACUAGGAAAAUGGGCAUCCUUGCCCUCGGACAUGUAGGACGUCGAACCUUCGUGUUCUGGAAAUACUCGUGGAUUGCAUUUUUCAUAUUUAAUAGUGACAUUUUGCGUUGUUAUUCUGUAAACAUUCCACGUAAGCCUGUCGAUUCGCUGUAUGAUGUUUCUGACAUAGGCAAACUGGGCCUGUCUAUAUUUGAUAACACCACAUUAAAAGAAGCGAUAUAUAGCUCCGAUCAGGCUUGGUUUGUACAGUUUUACUCAAGUUGGUGUGGUCACUGCGUGAAUUUUGCUCCAACGUGGAAGAUAUUUGCAAAUGACGUUAAAGGAUGGUGGAGAGUUGCCAGAAUAGCAGUUCUUAAUUGUGCUGAUCCAUACAACACAAAGAUAUGCAGUGAAUAUGUUGAUGUUGGAUUUCCAUCAUUAAGGCUUUUCAAGGCCUUUCAGCAAAAUGGGACUGGUGACUUAUGUAAAGCUCCCCGAGAUGUGAGUCAUCUGAGGCAGGCACUUAUUGAUCAUAUCUCCAAACACAGCCCACAGAACACACCAUCAAACUGGCCAAUGCUGUCUCCUGUGAAGGUCAAGUGGUUGUUGAACUUUUUUUGGAGAAAUCCAAGAACAAAGAUGAAGUUCAUAGCUGUUGUUUUUGAAGACUCAGAAUCAUACACAGGCAGAGAGUUGAUCUUGGAUAUGUCUAACUUGAAAAACAUACUGGUGGUUAGAGUACUUCAACAAGAACUUUCAAGGAACCCUUUACCCUCUGAAUGGAAAGUGGGAGAAUUACCGUCAUUAUUCAUUCUCAGACAGAAUGGAAAACCAUCAAAACUUUGGAGAAUGGGGAAUAGAGAGUCAUUCUUCAAGGCUUUGCAAGCUUACAUAAAGCAGACUUUGCCUGCUUCAGGUACCAAGGAAACCUUAAAUGGACAGGAACAGGAAAGAAAUGUGAUGAAUGGACCUGAUGAUAAUUUGAGAAAAACACCACAUCAUGAAGUGGACAAAAACAUCGAGCAAUUUGUUAAUCAUACCUCAAGAAGAGCUGUAGCAAGAUUGGUUGUUUACAUGGAAGAUUUGGAAUCUACAUUGAUUUAUUCACUGCGGUAUGAAGUUGCCUUGCAGAAACUGAUAAAAGCUGAUGCUAUGAGUGCCCUUCAGGCAUAUAUUGCUGUAUUAAACAAAUUCAAAUUUCCUGGCUUUGUUAUGAUUAUCAUGCAAAGUUUUCAACACCAAAGUCGGCAGUGUUGCACACAUGUACUCAGCAUCUCGUCUACAUGGCUGCCUGUGGACACAAACACAUACAUGCAAUGUGGACUACUCAUGAACAAUACCGACCCCCCCCCAUGCCACACAUUGGCCAUUGUUCCAUCAUAUGUGCAAUAUUCCUCAACUUUCAUCUUAGUAGCCUCUGUCCUAAACAUGUCUCUUAAAGCAAAUUUUUAAUGUUUGGUAAAAAUUCAAGAGCCAAGGGAGAUGUUGAUAUACCCAACUGUUUUGAUGUGGUGGUCAUCAUAGCUGUAUUCUACUGUACGUUUUACAAUUUUGAUGAAAAUAUGUGUUUGUAUGUUAUUUUUAUAUUUUGUAAUCUUAUGGAUCUUACGUUAUUAACAUUUGCUUGUAUUGGUAGUUGUUCAUUAGUGUUACUUAUUGAUUUUAGAGUGACUGGAAGUUUAGAGAUAGGUGAAUUCAAACACAAUAGAAACUCAAACAUGCUUAUACAUGUACACUGUAUCCCUGCUCGCAUUGUUACCUCCUGUCGGCAUUACUUCCGGUUAGAAGAAACACAACUCAUCUGUCCCUACUGAAUUGUACAGAUUUUUAAAAACAAACACUGACAAACUGAAAUUUUGGCUAAUGUAAACAAUUUUAUUGACCUCGCUAAGUCGAAAGCUUUCUUUGCAACCCAUUUGAACCAAUUUUUUUUGAAACUUCAAAGACAAGCCUUGGUUGCAUGGUUGCAAGCUUCAUUUGUAGGCCUGGAUUGGACUUUAUUGAGCUUGUCCCAACCCUGUCCAAUAAAAGCAGCUAAAAACAUCUGCUUAAAAAAUAGCUGGUUGAAUAAGCCUUCCAUUGUCUGCCAGUUCUAUGUAGCACAAUAUUAUCUUUGACAUCACAGAACAACUGUCAUUAAGAGUGGCUUAUCGAUGGGCACAGUGGGUGGGAACAGGGGAACAUGUUUGUUCAUAUAUACAGGCAUGUGAAUGAGUGCCAACAAAGAGGAAAACUUGGAAAUUGCGAGUCACAACAUUUCGCUGGGUAAACGUAGCCCCUCCCCUUAGGGUAGUUUCAACUAUACAGCAACAUGAACAAAAAAUUUGAGAGAUAUUGCAUAAAACUUAAGUUUGUAACCUUUAUAAAUCAUGGUUUUAUUUAUGUGACUCACUUGAAAUUAACUAUAUAUCUGUAUUAUUCAGUGAUAUUAAAGUACAGAAAAAAAUGUACAAUUACAGUGAACUUUUCCUUAUACUUUGCCAAGGGCAAAAUAGAGCAGAGUAACUCCAUACAAAAAUUAUUAAAAACUGUCCGACCAGCAUCUUUCCCUUUCCUUAGUCUCAUUCUUUUUUUUGCUCUUGAUGCAGAAGCAGAAAGUUCUUCCUUUGCUUGAGCCUUGGACAUGGGUGUAGACUCAGUAGGGAUAUUAAUGAGCUAGUUCAGCAUUUCAAACAAGCAAGGUCAUUUUGGAACAAAGCAAGAUUGGGCAGACCUCGCACACAUGUCGAAAAUGAUCACAAAUAUGCUUCAUUUUAGGCAUGCGCUGUUGAAAUAACAAACUGGCUCAUUCCAAUAUCUCUUCUGUUCCUUUCUAUUUUACCAGAAGCUUGAUUUUUUCCGUCUUGGUACCACUUACAAGUUCUUUUCGUAUUCUUGCGGAGAGUGGGGUUAACUCUUUCAUGUAAGUAAUCUGGUGAGGAGAUAAACUGAAGAGCAGCCUUGUUGUGACUCUUGAGUUGAUAUUUGAUGGGCUGAAUGGCAGAAAAGAUAGUCACCUGCAUCUGUAAUUUUCUGCUGUCAAGGAUAUUGUUCAUAACACUAAAGAAGCUUUCAACCGUUGGGCCAUGAAAGCAAGACUAUAGUGCUCAUGCCAUUCUACUGAGAUUUGAGUAUUUUCUGCACAUCUUUUAUGCACAGUAAUGUGAAUUGUAACGUACUUUAAAAUUGAAAAUCCUUUUAAAUUAAGGACUGCUUUUAUUGCUGUGAAUGAGGCCAGAUGUUUCACCACUACUUCUUGUGGCUUAGGGCAAAAGUAGCUGACCAGAACUGAAAUAACUCAAUGAUUUGUUUUUCUGGUGGCCUCAUCAAUAUUUAGUGAAAAUAGGAUUGACUUGAGAUCUUCCACCAGCUCUUAUGUGAAGGAUUUUCAGAGUUCAUACUUCAGUUUGUAUGACGCUUAAGUGCAGUCUACACUCAGUGAGUCUAAAGCAUCUUCAUCCUUGGAAAGUUGUUAGGUUAAUGAAAUAAAUUCAAGCACCAAAGUGAGUGGCAGAGAAUGUUCGCUGUGAAUGCCAACACUGGCUUCAGCCAUAGAAACUCAUUCUGAAACUCGAAUAGUUUUGGUUGUGGAAGACUGUUUUGUGGUUGCUCUGUUGCUAACGUCUUUCUGAAGAAUAGGUGCAGUCUAUACGUGAUUUUUCUAACUAGAUACUGGAGUUUUGUGACUUGUCUGGGUAGGUUAGGGAAAGAAAAAAAUGGUUAUGAUCACUUGUUUCUACAGUGACUUUGUGAAAAGAGGCCUGAGAAUCUUUUGUAGGACCACCCAAAUUAUCUCUUCUUAUUGAGCUAUACAGCAAAAAUCCAAAUCACCCAACCAUACUGACAUGGUGCCCACUACUGUGCAACAAAUGGAUUGUCUGCUGUCACAUACCGGGUUCU